GCCCCCGUCUGCGGCGAGUGCGGCAAGAGCUUCCGCCAGAUGUCCGACCUGGUGAAGCACCGGCGCACGCACACGGGCGAGAAGCCCUACAAGUGCGGCGUCUGCGGCAAGGGCUUCGCCGACAGCUCGGCCCGCAUCAAGCACCAGCGCACCCACAGCGGCGAGAAGCCCUACCGGCCCCGGCCGCGGGCCCCGGGCCCGCCCCGGCCGCCGCGGCCCCGGGUCCCGGCGGGCGAGCGGCCCACCAUCUGCGGCGAGUGCGGCAAGAGCUUCCGCCAGAGCUCGGACCUGGUGAAGCACCUGCGCACGCACACGGGCGAGAAGCCCUACAAGUGCGGCGUCUGCGGCAAGGGCUUCGCCGACAGCUCGGCCCGCAUCAAGCACCAGCGCACCCACCGCGGCGAGCGCGCCCCCCCGCCCGGCGCUCCUCGGCGGCGGCCCCCCCCGGCGGCUCCCCCCCGGCGGGCGGCCCGGGACAAGCCCCACACCUGCGCCGAGUGCGGGAAGCGCUUCGUGCUGAGCUGCAGCCUCCUCAGCCACCAGCGCGGCCACCUGGGGCCCAAGCCGUUCGGCUGCGACGUCUGCGGGAAGGAGUUCGCCCGCGGCUCGGACCUGGUCAAGCACCUGCGGACCCACACGGGCGAGAAGCCCUACCUGUGCCCCGAGUGCGGCAAGGGCUUCGCCGACAGCUCGGCCCGCGUCAAGCACCUGCGCACCCACGGCGGGGAGCGGCCCCACCGCUGCCCCGAGUGCGGCCGGACCUUCGGCCUGGGCUCCGCCCUCCUCCGCCACCGCCUCACCCACCUGGACCCGCCGGCCUUCGGCUUCCCCCCGGCCGCCGGCCCAGGGUCCGAGCCCGAGGGCGUCCGGGCCGCGGAGCCGCCCCCGCCGCCCCCGCCGCCGCCGGACAAGCCCCACAAGUGCCCCGACUGCGGCAAGGGCUUCCGGCGCGGCUCGGACCUGGUGAAGCAUCACCGCACGCACACGGGCGAGAAGCCCUACCUCUGCCCCGAGUGCGGCAAGGGCUUCGCCGACAGCUCGGCCCGCGUCAAGCACCUGCGGACCCACCGGGGCGAGCGCGCCCGCCAGGGCCCGGCCCUCCUGCGGCCCCGCAACCCCCCCGGCCCCGCCGGCCCGGCCCCCCGGCCCCGCCGCCGGCCCCCGGCCCCCGGCCGGCCCCACCCCUGCGGCUUCUGCGGGAAGGAGUUCCCCCGCAGCUCGGACCUGGUCAAGCACAGGCGCACGCACACCGGGGAGAAGCCCUACAAGUGCGCCGAGUGCGGCAAGGGCUUCGCCGACAGCUCGGCCCGCAUCAAGCACCAGCGGGGACACCUGGCGCUGCGCGCCUACGCCGGGGCCCCGCCGCCCGUUGCCCCCCGUCCGCCCCAGCCCCCCGCCGAGGAGGAGCCCGGGGCCGCCCUGCAGUGAGGGCGGGAGGAAGGAUGGAGCAACACUAGCCUUCCCUGAAUUCCUUGCCCCCAUCCCGCCCUGAGAUCCCGGGUCCCCGGCGCGCGCGGAGGCGCUCGGCAAACCCCGCCGACGGAGCGAGGCGUCCCCGGAGGGCCGCGGCGGGUUCGGGCGGGCCUCGUCCCGCGCCGGAGGUGCCCCGACUCCUCCCGUUGGUUCAUUCGGUCGUGUUCGUUGAGCGCUCACCGUGUGCGGAGCGCCGGACCGGGCGCUCGGAAGGUCCGGUCGGGCGACGGGUAGAGCCGGUCCCUACCCCACAGCGGGCUCGCGGUCUAGAAGGGGGAGACGGGCGACGGGACGAAACGCGGGGACGGCUGUCGUGGCGUCGGUCCCGGCGUCGACUCUCCGGGCGACUAGCCUCCCCGCCUCCGAGGCCUUUCCCGGCGGCGCGGGAGAGGGAGACGCGGGAAGAGGGAUCCUAGGGAUAGAGUAGAGUUGAGGCGGGGCGUCGGAACCCCCUCCCCGCACCCCGAUGGAGGGACCUGAGGUCGCCGAGGCGGGGAGAGGGUGGAGGGCCUCGCGCCGGGGCCCUGUAAUCGCCCUCUCCCCCACCCCAAUAAACAUCU